AACCCCUUAACCAACCCCCAAGAAGUUCUACUAACUCAUCAACACAACAUCACAAACCAAAAUGAAUUCUAUUGCUGCUACUUCCUUCACUUCACCACUUGUCCAUGAGUUCCAGCACUCAAGAAGGUUACUCCUCCACUCCCCACUUAACCAAUCAGCAAAGCCCCCAACAAGCAGCCACGAUUCAACAACAGAGACAUAUCUGGGAGACGGGAACUUCGAUGCAAACGUUGUGAUGGUCCUCUCGGUUCUCCUCUGUGCCCUAAUAUGCUCACUGGGUCUCAACUCCAUCAUAAGGUGUGCCCUAAGGUGUUCCAACUUCGUGGUGAGUGACUCAAUGAUAUCAUCAAGCAACAACAGCCCUCCCGCGAGAGUGGCCAACACUGGAGUGAAGAAAAAGGCCCUCAAGACUUUCCCCACAGUGAGUUACUCAACCGAGCUGAACCUGCCGAGUUUGGACUCCGAGUGUGUGAUAUGCUUGUCCGAGUUCACAAGCGGUGAAAAGGUUCGCAUUUUGCCCAAGUGCAACCACGGCUUCCACGUUCGCUGCAUUGACAAAUGGCUAAGCUCACACUCCUCGUGCCCCAAAUGCAGACAGUGCCUAAUUGAGACUUGUCACAAGAUUGUAGGGUGCAGUACUCAGCAAGCUAGCUCAUCACAACAACAACAACAACCCGUGCCAGAAACCAUUGUAACCAUUGCGCCAUUAGAGCCAGAAAGUAUGGUGCGUAACUAUAGGGAACUUAGCUAAUUCACACUACUAUUUACUUUAGUCCUUAUCUGUUAUUAAUGACAUAAUGGUUGCAGUGGAGUGGAAUCAAUGGUCAGCUAUAACUGGUUAAGACUAGUCACCCGACCACCACUCUCAACCAUAGUUAAUGUAGUGGUUAAUCAUCGAUGUAUAUAGCGUGGAAUCUUCUUUUCUUGUUUCAAUUUUACCCCCUUCCCCUCUUAAAUGUACAAAACUAGUUCAAAUUGUAAUUACAUUCUUUUCGUUAAAUGUCCCAAGUUCUUACUCUAACACGGUAUUUACCAUUUACCAGCA